AUGGCUGGUGACGAUGAAGGCGGCGGCAGCAGCGGCCCCAAACACAGCCACAACUACCGCGGCGCCAACAAGCACCGCAGCGGCGGCCACGGCGGCCACGGCGGCCACGGCGCCAAGCCCAAGGACAACGGCACCUGGCGCAAGGACAACCGGCCGGUCAAGCGGCGGCGCCUGCAUGGUGGCCGCAAUGCGGAGAAUGCAGAGAAUGCAGACAACGGCGAAAACGGAGAGGGCAAGACGUGGGAGGCGCGGCCGUCCAACAUGAGCAUCCCGUUUUCGGCGGAGGAAAUUGCCGCCGAGGGCCGGCGGCCGAAGCGGAAGGUGGCGGUCAUGAUUGGCUACGCGGGCACGGGCUACCGCGGCAUGCAGAUCAACCACGACGAGAAGACGAUUGAGGGCGACCUGUUUGCGGCGUUUGUGGCGGCGGGCGCGAUUGCCAAGGCCAACGCGGACGACCCCAAGAAGUCGAGCCUCGUGCGGUGCGCGCGGACGGACAAGGGCGUGCACGCGGCGGGCAACGUGAUCUCGCUGAAGCUGAUUGUCGAGGACGCGGACGUGGUGGACAAGAUCAACGCGGCGCUGCCGGCGCAGAUCCGCGUGUGGGGCAUCCAGCGGACGAUCAACAGCUUCAGCUGCUACCAGGCGUGCGACUCGCGGUGGUACGAGUACCUGCUGCCGAGCUACGCGCUGCUGCCGCCGCAUCCAGAGAGUUUCCUGGGACGGGAGAUGGUGUCGUGGUCCACCAAGGCCGACGAGGAAGCGGCGACGGCAGCCGCCGCCGGCGAUGCUGUUGAUGGCGAGAAGACGGACCAGACUGUCUUUGCAGGCAUGAUGGAGCGGCUGGACGACGUCAAGGACUUUUGGCCGACGGUGGAUCGCGAGGUGGUGGCGCCGAUUCUGGACGCACUGAGCCCCGAGGUGCGGCGGCUGGUGACGGAGCGCCUGCACGCGGGCGACGACGUGUCUUUGGUCACGCAAAAGGACAUUGAGAACGUCGAGCACGCCGAGGCCGAUGGGCCCACUGGGCCGAAGGUGACGGAGACGACGGAGGAGGCGGCUGCGGAGGCAACGGCUGAGGUGGUGGCGGAGACGGCAGCAAACACAGACGACGCGACCGCCGAGCCCACGACGACGGGGCCCAGCCACAAGCUGGCGGUCGAACAGGCGCUGCGCGACAUCAAGGCGGCGUACAUGGCGGCCAAGCGCGCGUACCGCGUGACGCCGCAGCGGCUGCAGCGGCUGCAGGAGGCGCUGACGCAGUUUGAGGGCACGCGCAACUUCCACAACUACACGAUCCAGAAAGCGCACGGCGACGCGUCGGCCAAGCGGCACAUCAAGUCGUUUGUGGUCAACCCGGCGCCGCUCCAGAUCCGCGACACGCAGUGGCUGUCGCUCAAGGUGCACGGGCAGAGCUUCAUGAUGCACCAGAUCCGCAAGAUGGUGGCCAUGGCCGUCAUGGUGACGCGCUGCGGCACGGACCCGGCGCCGGCCAUGGCGCUGAGCUACGGCCCGCGGCGCAUCAGCAUCCCGCGCGCGCCCGGGUUCGGCCUGCUGCUGGAGCGGCCCGUGUUUGACAGCUACAACGCGCGCGCGCAGUCCAACUUUGGCAAGGCGCCGCUCGACUUUGGCGUGUACGAGACGGAGCUGCGGGCGUUCAAGGACAGCCAGAUCUACGGGCGCAUCUGGGACGUGGAGGAGACGCAGAACGUGUUCCACGCCUUCUUCCACCAGCUGGACAACUUCCGCACCAGCUAUUAUCUGUGGGCGGUGCCGGGCGGCUACAAGGCCGCCUUUGAGCGGUUUGGCGGGCAGGGCGGCAGCAAGGACGGCGCACGUGGUGCUGGCGGGCCGUCGGAUCUUCUCGAGGAUCCUGACGAGGACGCCGAGAACCCAGACGAGGGCGAGGGGUAA